AUGACAACGAUGAUGUUCAAACUGCGCCGUGUGGUGUACCUGUUGGUACUUGUGCAGUGCUUUGUUUGUGUGGCAUAUGCGGAAAGUGCAAAUGGCGUUGAGCAGGGUCCUUCACCCAUUGAGUUAACUGAAGCGGAAAAAGUGAAUCAGUUAAGCAAGACGGUGGCCGAGGUAUACGAGCACAUUGUGCAUAUGUAUGGUUGUCUGUUUGUAUUAGAGGAUAAUACGAAAGUAUGCAAAGGAAAUUCCGACCGUGUUGAACUUGCUACGAGCAAUAUCAAGGGUCUUGUUAAAGAGAUCGAGAAAUUGAAAGAGGAACGAGGAGUGUUGGAGCCAGAAGAGUGGAUGAAAGGAAGAAAGGAUGGUAUACAAAAAAAUGUGAAUGCUAUUGGCAGUUUGAGAAUAUCUCUGAUAGACAUGCGUAUAUUGCAACAUUCAUGUGAGAAUCAAACGUGGGACGUGAAUGAAGACAUGGAGAAACUUGUUGACGCGGGAAAUAAAUUUUUGGGUGUACAUCCAAACGAAGCGCAAGAAACGACAGAAAAAGGUAAACUCAAAAAGAAUAUUAGUGAAGCAAAGCAAGCGUUACUUAACCUCAAAGAACGGCUCAAUUCCGCGCAAGAUGAACUCAAUCCACUGGAGAAGGUCGAUGAACUCAUGGAUGACGCGAGUAAAGCAGUAGGAACCCUCAUGCAGUCUUUGGGAAGUCUCUCAAAGCUCAUAAGUGUUCCAGCAGGCAUCAUGGAUAAUGAAGGAUUAGAAAAAAUAGCAGUGGAGAGGAACGUCACCGUUACUGAAAAACUGAAGGAAGCAAAAGCGAAGGCAGAAAAGGAAUUUCUGCCUCCGGUAGAGGAGGUGCCGGUUAAAGAAGAGGAAAAGCUGCCCUCAGUGAAACCAGAAGAGGAAACAGAGAGUGAAGAUAAAGGUCAACCGCCAAAGGAAACAGAAGAGCCACAGGAUGUUGAAGAGAAGCCGCAGGAGACACACGAAAAAGAAGAGAAUAAGGAAAAUGCUGGAGAGCAAGCAGAAGCCAAACCAGAGCAGGAAGAAAGGAUUGAAGAAGAGUCAAAAAAGCCUGACAAAGAAGAGGAACGGACGCAAACAGCCACGAAUGGGAAUGACAACAGCAACAGUCCUGCAUUAGUGCACAGUCCCUUAUUGUUGCUUCUGCUGUUGUGUGUGUUGGGUUGCACUCUCGUGUGCUGA